AUGACGGGCCGCGAGGAGCUCUCAGAGGGCAAAGCCGAGGGGAACGCGCUGGCGCCCAGCAGCGCCCGUGGCCACGAGAAGGCGCGCCUGGGGAGCCCGGCCGGGGCCAGCGGCGGCUUGCGCUCCAAGGGCUUCGCCAUCACCGACCUCCUGGGCUUGGAGGUGGAGCUGCAGCCGCCAGUCGGCUCUGGCUGCGAAGGCGGCGGGCCAGCAGCGGGGCGAGGAGGAGGAGGAGGAGGAGGAGGAGGAGGAGGCGCUCCCUUGCCGCUGGGCUUGGGCUUCCUGUGCGGCUUUGCCGCCCAGCAGCCCGCGGGGACGCCUUGCCUCCUGCCGACGCACCUCCCCUUCCUCCAGCCCCGCUCGGAGCACCAGCAUCAGCACCCCCGGUACGGGCCGGAAGCCGAGAAGCCCAAGUUGACCGUCUCCGAUGAAGACAGUUUAUCAGGAGACAAGAACAACCUGAAGACACCUGACUCUCAGAUCAGGAGAAAGAAACGGCGGCACAGGACCGUGUUUACUGCCCAUCAGCUGGAGGAACUGGAAAAGGCUUUUAAUGAAGCUCAUUACCCUGAUGUAUAUUCCAGAGAAAUGUUAGCUAUGAAAACUGAACUGCCUGAGGAUAGAAUACAGGUUUGGUUUCAAAACCGAAGAGCCAAGUGGCGGAAGCGUGAGAAAUGCUGGGGCCGCAGUAGCGUGAUGGCUGAAUAUGGUCUCUAUGGCGCCAUGGUGAGGCACUCCAUCCCACUACCAGAAUCCAUUAUCAAUUCUGCCAAAAGUGGAAUGGUUGGUUCCUGUGCCCCUUGGCUGUUGGGAAUGCAUAAAAAAUCUGUAAAUAUUACAAGGAAGCCUGAAAACGAGGAAAAGGGAAAUGGCAGCUGGAAAUCUGAACAUCCUGAGGAGGAAUUAAAAAUUAAGCAGAUAGAAUCUGAGCGAAACCCCUCUAAUAAAUUAAUCUCAACGGACAGUUCAGAAGAUAUCGCAAUUGAUCUCUCUAGCACAACAAAGCAGGAGAGGAAGAGCAGCAAUCUGAGUCUUGGUGCAGGCCCACAGCCCAAAAUGAAAGAUGCUGAACACUAA